AUGACGCCCCCGCCAUCUUCGGCUACCACAGCCCGGCAGCAAUCGGACCCGGGCAGCAGCAAGCAGCAGCUAAGCUGCGUAAAUUGCCGCCAUCGUAAGAUCAAAUGCGACAAGCUCCAGCCGCGCUGCAAGCAGUGCGAGCGCUCCGACCUCGACUGUGUCUUCCCCUCGCGGAAGCGGAACCGUAAGCCUCGCCAAGGGAGACAGAGCGAGCUGCUCAACCGCAUCACUCGCCUAGAGAGCAUCGUCAGUAAAGUUGACUCGGGCAAUCUCGAUGGGGCUGGCAAGACUCCCUCCGCCGCCGUGCCCACUCCACUUUCUGGGGCGGCGUCGGCCAUCGGAGGCAAGACCGACGGGUCCGUUGUUGCAAUGAGUGACGCGGCGCCCUCGCCGAUGGCGGUGUGUGACUCACAGCCCACCCUGCCGACCAACUAUAUGAGUGCCGAGUUCUGGGAUAAUCUCUGCCAGGAGGUCGAAGGUAUGAGGCAAGCCCUGGACCAGCCCUCGGAGAGCGACGGGUCCGAGGACGGGUACCCGACGACCACGACGAGCCCCGAGUCUCUCACCGUCAGGGGACACGGCCCGGGCCAUGACCAGACCCCGCCGGCAGUGUCGGGCUUGCUUUCCAGUAUCGGCCGCCAUAGCACCGAGGAGCUGAGGCACCCACCGCGCAAGCACAUCCUGUUCAUGUGUAGGAUAUUCUUCUCCAACAUUGACCCAUGCUUCAAGGUCAUCCACCGGCCCACAAUCUCUGCCGAGCUGGAGGCCUUUGCGAACUCGCCGAACAAACGUAUUGAUAACGCCACGGAGGCAUUGUUCUUCUCUAUGUACUUCGGUGCUAUAACGGGCUUAUCCCAUGAGGCGUGUCUCGCCAACCUGGGCGAGGAGAGGAGUGUUCUCGCGCAGCGGUUCAGAGAAGGCGUCGAAACUGCGCUGCAGAAGGCAGACUUUCUCAACAGUACAGAAAUCAGAACUCUCCAGGCCCUAACAUACUAUGUCUGCUUCCUCCGCAGCCACAACGCCAGCCGCGCCUCGUGGGCCCUCAUCCCGCUCGUCGUCCGCCUCGCCCAGGCCCUGCACCUCUACCGCGACGGCGUCUCGCCUCCGCUGCCGCCCUUCGAGGCCGAGAUGCGCCGCCGCUUGUGGUGGAUGAUCGUCGUGCUCGACAUCCGCGCCGCCGAGGACCGCGGCACGGAUGCCGCCAUCCCCCGGCAGUCGUACAACACCAGGCUGCCCUUCAAUCUCAACGAUGAGGACUUUGGUCCGUCGACGACGACUCCGCUCGCAGACCGGACGGGACCUACCGAGAUGACCUUCUGUCUCUGCACGUCCAUGUCCUCGGGCAUCUUUGGGAACAUGCGGCCGAAGCACCCGCAGCUCGCGCUGGGCCCUGACAGUUCCCCAGAUACGGCGACGUCGGAGGAAGAAAUCAUGGCGCACGCGCAGCGCCUCGAGACGCUCUUCGGCACGGCGCCCAAAGCGCCCGCCUCGCCGUCGCAGCUACAGGAUCAAGAAGAUGCCCGCAACCUCCUCGCCAACCACGCCGCCAUCACGGUGCGCAUCAUCAUUCUCAAGAUGUGGCUCUCGGCCCAGUACCCCUUCACGCCGCGGGCGGCGUCGACGGCCAAGCCGCGCGUCGCGCGGGAGACGAUGCUCCGCACGGCGGUGAACACAAUCGAGCUCGUCGAGUUCAGCAGCAUAACGUACCGCGAGCGGUUCGGAUGGUGGAUCGACAGCUACGUCCAGUGGCAUCCACUCGCUGUCGCUCUGGCGGAGCUGUGCGUGCAGACGCGCGGGGAGCUGGUGGACAGGGCGUGGGCGGUCGUCGACAGGAACUUCAACGGGAUGAGAGACCGGAUCGCCGACACGAGGAGGGGCACGCUGUGGAGGCCCUUGAAGAAGUUACUGAGGAAGGCGAGAGCGGCGAGGGCGGAGGCGUUGAUGGGGGACAUGAAGCUGACGGACAUGAGACCGACGCCGGCUGUUAAGGAGGGGGGCGCAGGAGGGAAGAAUGCGGAGGAGGACGACGAGGAGGACGAUGAAGCCGGCAUUGAUGCUGAUGCCGGAGGAGACGGGAACGAGGAUGGGUAUGAACAUGCCGGUGCCUGGGCGGAUGUCCAGCAGGGUCCGAGUGCGCCAGCGUUACAUCCGGCUUUCAAAUUGGACCGUAUCGGUAACGGAAUCGGUAUCGGUAUUGGAAGCGGCGUGACCGCACGCGCCCCUCCUGCGAGCGCAACCGUCAUGGGCGUGCCCACGCCCAUGGCGAUAGACACGCAGCCGCAGCAGCCGACGGCAGACGCCCAAAACAUGCCGAACGUGCCAUACGGGCUGGCGUUCGAUGAAAUGGACAUAUUCAACGGCCCGAUGCCAUUGUUCGGCCACCCGCAGUACAUACUUGACCAUUUCGGGAUCCAGAUGGACGCCAAGGAUUUCGCGUGGGACGCGAGCACGUGGAACGAGUUUGUGAGCGACGCGAACCUCGAGAGGUCGCCUGGGGAUGACUGA